AUGACUAACCUUGGCGCUUACACAGACAUCCAGGACCUCAGCAGCAUCUUUUAUCUGGGAACUGGGCCCAGCGACAAUCCAAUGUUCCGUUAUGUGCUUCCACUUAUAGACACUGUGCCUCCUAUUCGCUAUGCCAUCGCCGCAUCGGCAUCCUGUCACCUUGCGGCUCGAACCUCAGAUAAAGACCUCGAGAAGAAGAGCCUAUAUCUGCGUGUCCAUGCUACGCAUCUAUUGAGAGAGAUGCUCCGAGAUCCAUGCCCGGCAACAGAUCAAAGCAUCCUGGCUAGCAUGUUGAUGUUGGCACAGCUUGACAUGUGUUCUGGAGACUGCCUCGAGUUUGAAACGCACCUUAAAGCGGCGGUCGGCCUUAUCCGGGGCCAGAACUAUGACCACGCAGCAAAUAGGCACUACUUUGAACAGCGGCUUGCAUGGCUCGACAUGAUGGCAUCUACAACUUCUGCUGGACUGCCGAACUUGUCCGCCACAGAACUCAAGGCGGCUCUCGGACGCUGCUCGAAUCAUGGACGGAGGCAAUGGAGCUAUGAUGUUUUCCCGUGCCCAAUCGAUCUGUUUGAGAUACUCGGAGACAUUACUAUGCUUUCCAAAACCCAACUGGACGUGACGAGUCCAAGCCAGGAGGCUGUGGAGGAGGCUCAUUGUAUAAAAUGCCGUCUGGCGGCGUGGGAAUGGCUUGGAGAAACUUCUGGCCCACGGAAGCACAUGGUUGAAGUUUGGUGUCUCGGCAUCAUGGCGUACCUCGGACGACUAUUCCCGUCUACAAACUCCUCGGGUGCAGCAGAUCUGACAAGUCAGGUUCUGUAUCAUGCGCGGCUCAUCCCACCAGCUUCGUCCUGGAGCUACUCCUUACUGUGGCCCAUCUUCCAGAUCGGAGUAACUUUGGGCAAUGAAGCACUGGAUGAGAGAGCGUGGGUAGAGAAGCGUCUCAACAUUGCCCUAGAGGCCACUGGAUGUCGGCAUUUCAGUAACGCGCUCGAGACGCUGCGUUUUGUCUGGGAUAAUGAUGUGCAAUAUGACCCUCUGACUGCUAGCAUGAACGGACGCAGCAUAAUGUUGGCAUAG